CAUCCCAUCCGCCAAUAAUCGUAGUAGAUAAUAAAAAAUAAAAAAAAAUAAAAAGGAAGUAUCCUUCCUCCUCUUUCAUUUUUUUUCCUCCUUUCCUUCCCGGUCACCGGCAAAUUAUUCAUUAGCUCGCCGGGAAGGGGCAUCGAAAAUAAUUAUAAAAAAAAAAACAUACAAAAUAAAUAAAAACAAAAAAAGAAGAAAAAAUUAUACAAUAUGGUAGCUAAAAUAGCAAUUCCGGUCGUGUCCCUCCUCCUGGUGGUGGGCAUCGUCAUCGGCGUCGUCGCCUCCGUCAACCGGAGCGCCAAAGACCCCGCCGCCGACGAGAACCUCUCCCCUCACAUGAAAGCCGUCACCCAAAUAUGCCAGCCCACCAACUACAAAGACGAGUGCAUGAAGACCCUGAGCGGCGCCAACUCCACCGACCCAAAGGACCUCAUCAAGGCCGGCAUCCUCGCCGUCGCCGAGUCCGUGAAGAAGUCUUUCAACAUGAGCGACGACCUCGUCGAGAAGGCCGAAAACGAGUCCAACAGGACGAAAACCGCCCUGUCGGACUGCAAGGAGCUCCUGCAGGACGCCUCCGACAAGCUCCAGGACAUCAUGGAGAAGGUCGGCGCGUCCGACAUCAGCACCAUCGCCAACCGGUCCGAGGAUUUCAGGAUAUGGAUGAGCUACGUCAUCAGCUACCAGGAGCUCUGCGUCGACGGGUUCGACGAGGACAGCACAGUCAGGACCGACGUCAGGCAGAGCACGGAGGUCGGGAGUCAGCUGACCGACAACGUGCUGACCAUCCUGGGCGGGAUUCAGCAAGUCCUUAGCUCGUUCGGAUUGAAGCUGAACCUGACCAGCCUGGCAUCCGCCGGCGGUGAUCAAGACGAUCACCACCGGAAGUUGUUGUCGAAAGAGAACGGCGGGUAUCCGACGUGGAUGUCGGCGGCGGACAGGAAGCUUCUGGCAUCAAACCCUAAGAUGACACCGAACGCGGUGGUGGCAAAAGACGGGAGCGGCCAGUACAAGACCAUCUCCGCCGCCCUGGCGGCUUACCCCAAGAACUUUCAGGGGAGGUAUGUGAUUUACGUGAAGGCCGGAGUUUACGCCGAGCAAGCCAAAGUGGCCAAAGGGAUGAAGAACGUUUACAUGUACGGUGACGGACCGAGGAAGACCAUUGUCACCGGUCAUUUGAGCUACGCUAAGGACGGCCUCGGCACCUGGAAGACCGCUUCCUUCAUUGUGGAGGAGGACGGGUUCAUCGCCCGGUCAAUGGGGUUCCAGAACACGGCCGGACCGGAAGGCCACCAGGCCGUGGCGGUCCGCUCGCUAUCCGACCGGUCCGCAUUCAUCAACUGCAGACUUGACGGAUUCCAAGACACGCUGUGCUACCAAGGCGGCCGCCAGCUGUUCCGCAACUGCGUCUUGUCCGGAACCAUCGACUUCCUCUUCGGAUACGGCGCCGUAGUGGUGCAGAACUCGCUCAUCAUCGUCCGGAAGCCCAUGGAGAACCAGUUCAACACGGUGACGGCCGACGGCAGGAAGGAAAGAGGCCAGCCCACUGGGAUCGUGAUCCACAACUGCAGGAUCGUCCCCGAGCUGAAGCUGACUCCCGACAGGCUCACGGUGAAGACGUACCUGGGCCGGCCGUGGAAGGCGUACGCCACCACCGUGGUGAUGGAGUCGCAGCUCGGCGAUCUGAUCCAGCCCGAAGGAUGGAAGCCGUGGGCCGGGUCCAUGUUCUUGGACACGUUGUAUUAUGCUGAGUAUGGGAACCGUGGGCCCGGUGCCAGCACGGCGAGGAGGGUGACGUGGAAGGGCGUGCACAGCGUGUUGUCGAGGAGUGACGCCAUGCGGUGGACCGUUGACUCUUUUAUUCAAGGGAGGGAGUGGGUUGCUAAUACCGGGGCUAAUGUUAUUUAUGGGCUUAAAGCUUGAUUAAAGUUUGGGUCAUCGUGUUUGAUUAAAGCUAAAUUGUAUGGGUGAUGACAGAAAAACCCUACCCCGUUAUGAACAGGAAGGGUGGAGGAUUGAAGGGAGGAAAAUUAAUGAAAAAAGGAAUAUAUUCAUAUUUAUAUAUAUGUGCGCGAUUUUAAUUCAUGUUUUGUUAGCGUUUUUUUUAUAAGGAUUAAAAAUCGUAUCGGAGGUGGUAUGAAAAAAGUCAAUGGUAGUGUGUUUUUAUGAUGAAAUCAUGGUUGUCAUGUCGGUGGCAUGCCACCAGGUUGCACCUGUGUCGGUCAUGAAACCGACAUGACACCAUCGACAUGACCGGUAUGAUCAACUUGCAUAUUUUAAGCAAAAUGACAUAAUUUAAAUGAAUUUAAUUAAUAAAAAUUUAAUUUCAUAUUUAUUUUAUGAAUUUAAUAGUUAAAAGUUGAUUAUAUUUGUUGGAUUGUAACUAAUUAAUUCAC